AUGUCUCUCCUCGCCGCGGCACGCGCCGGUCGCUCAACACCUCUCGUCACCGGCGCCUUGCUCGGCCAGACCAGAGGCUACGCGGCGAAGGGGUCCACGAAGGUGGCACAGAAGAAGAAGUCAACCUUCAAGAAGAACAGCAAAACGGAGCGGGAAACGAGGGGUGCUCGGGAUGCCGGGGCUUUCCGCGCCAUGACGGACGCGAAGAUUACGGAGAACCCCAUCGUGCGCGACAACAAGCGCAUACCUAUCACUCUCCCCGAGUUCCAGGCCGACCUCCUCACGCCCAAAGUUGCGAAUCUUGCUAUGACAUUCCCUCACACGCGAUCACUUGGAGCGUUCGGUGUCCCCACCAACGUGCUAGUCGACCACAUGCUGCUAGCGACCAAGUGCUCUGUCGUCCGAGAGUCGACGCUGUCAAUGCUGGACAGACUGGACAAGGCUGCGAGUACGUCAAGUCAAAGCACACGUCUGGUGAUUAGCGGGAAGUCGGGCUGCGGCAAAAGCUACUUGCUUCUACAAGCAACGCAGUACGCACUCCAGAAGCAAUGGAUCACGCUGUACAUUCCCCGAGCCAUCAGCCAGUUGGACUCCAGCUCAUCUUACGCAUAUAACCGCCGUACAAUGACGUAUGACCAGCCGGACUUUGCACAUCAGUUCCUCAAGCGUUUCAAGGACGUCAACGAAACUCUCCUGCAACAGCUCACGUUAGAGCAAUCGUACGCGCUCGAGGGGCGCACGGUUGACAAGUCGUCUCCUUUGAUGCAACUUAUUCAGUAUGGCACGGAGACCCCGUCGAACGCGCCCACUGUCCUGAGUGCCGUGCUGGAGGAACUGGCUUUGCAGAAGAACUUCCCUGUGCUCCUCGCAGUCGACGACUUCCAGGCGCUGUACUGCAUGUCGCUCUACCGCGACCCGUACUUUAAGACCGUCAUGGGCCAUCACAUGACGCUCCCCCGCACGAUCCUCGAGUUCGCGUCAGGAAAGCGGUCAUUCGCUCGGGGCGCAGUCCUAGGAGCCAUCUCCACCACAGAUGCUAGAUUCGCGACCCCCAUAGAGAUCUCGGAUGCGCUCGGAACCACCCACGUCGGCCCAUCAAAUCCCUACGUGCGCCGCGACCCCGACCUCGUCGGCUAUGCCAAGGGUCUCGUUAACCUCCCCGUGCCGGACUCGCUAACCGUGAGCGAAGCCGCGUCGGUGUACGAGCUGUGGCAGAAGACGAAGGGGAUCCAUCUAGCGCACGGAGACGAGACGUUUAUGAACAAGUAUACGCAGGCGGGUGGCAACGCGCGGCGGUUCGUGCAGAACGGUCUUCUGCACUCGAUCGCGAUGUGA